UCUCUCUUCCCUGCCUCCUCCUGCCCUCGCGUCUCUACCUACACAGUUCCCCAACGCAGCAGGAAUGAGGUUUGAGCUCAGCUACCCUCAGUUGCCUUUCGCAGAAAGGGAAGUUGGCACCGGGCACCUCUGCUGCUGUGGCUGCUGUUAAGGGGGGGUCCGUCUCUCCAAGGGAGCUGGAUCCAGAAGAGGGCUGCUGGCAAGAGAUCAAGAGACCCCCAUCCCCAUCCUUCACAAGAGGGGCAAAGUGAGUCGGGGGGGUCUUCCUUGGCGUAGGCUGGAAGAAGACACGGGCUCUGCUACAAUGGACCCCAAGGAGAGGAAGAAGAUCCAGUUCUCUGUGCCUGCUCCCCCUAGCCAGCUGGACCCCAGAGCGGUGGAAAUGAUCCGCCGACGAAGACCAACUCCAGCCUUGCUGUUCCAGCUGUCAGAAACGUCAUCCCCUGAAGAUGAAGGUUCUCCAUACCAGAGAGCUUUGGGUGAAGGCUACCACCUUAAAAACAAAAGGAAUGCCCCCUGUGUCUACACCCCACCUUCUCUUAAAGCAUUACAGCGCCUAGCGCAAAGCCAUUUGGAAUCCAACAGUUCCUGGACGGAUGACGACUACCCUGAGGAUGUUGAGGAGGACGAGGAAGAUGAAGACGAGGAGGAGGAGGAGGAAGCUCAGGAUUCAGAUGACACCGUGAGGGAGAUGCCCGGCUUUUGCAAGCCCGGGGCAUCCCAGUUGGGCCCAGCUUCCAAGGCAGCCUUGCUCAGGCAAUGCACUGUCUUGGAAAACAAGCCCAAAGAAUCCGAGCAUCCCGUCUAUCCUGCACUCUCCAAAUCACAGAAACGGAAAGGUGGGCAGAAAGUAUCCUUUGCUGGAUCCGUAGAGGAAGUCCCCAAUGAAUCUGAGCAACCGGAAGGUGCUGAAGGCGAAGCCCAGGACCAGCAGAACCAGGAGACAGAGGUGGGACCGGAGCAGGGAGACCCGCCACUAACAGAUCAUGUUAUGGAACUAAGUCGCUCUAGCUGCGAAGAGAGACCCCCCUGCGCUCUUAGCGCCGAAAACCGUUCCUCCCCACCCCCUAUCCACACCACCACCUAGCGCAAGCAGUGAAGGGUAGAGUCGGGAGCUGUCCCAUUGAUGGAAAACUCUCCUUUUUCACCAAGAUGGAUUGGAUUAUUUCCUUUUAACAACUAUCUUCUAUUUUCUGUUCCAGAUUUGUCUUUCAUUUCGCAGUGUUUGGUUUGUGUGAAUUAUUUAGCACAAAGGGAAAGGAAGUGGGAGGGGAGCCACAGUCGCUGGUAUCUAAACCCUCCACAUUCAGAAGGAAUAUAUCAUCUUUCUGACGGCCAGAGGCUGAGCACGAGUGACAAGAGGGUGGCUAUCUUUACUGUGCCUUUGCUUGUGAGGUUCCGGGGGUUUGGGGUGUGUGCAUAUGAGCUGUCGUUGUCCACAGGGCUGCUCGUUCGGUGUAAUCCAGGAUGGCGGUUCUUAACACUUUUUCACCCAUCCAGAUCUGAAAUUCUAAAACUAAUAUGUGAGACCAGUGAAAAUAACCAGGUAGCUGGCCUGAAGACCAUUGUUAGAUUUCCAGAAAUCAAGUUUGAAAAUGCACAACUCGCAACUGAUAAGCUGGAGGGGAAUAUCUGGAAUUGAUUCACUUCUGAAUCCCUGCCACCACCACCUCUCCCUCUCCCUCUCCCUCCCCCCCUCUCUCUCCCUCUCUCUCACCUGCCUCCCCAAUGCCCCAUUCAUCUCUCUGGAAGCUGCAAAUUAAAAUCUAAUCAUUUUGUAUAGUUGAAACUGCUCUCUCUCCCUCCCUAUGUUCUUAGACCCUUGCUCCGCCACCUGUGUAUUGGGCAAUGCCUUUCCAUGUGCCUCUCUGCUCUAUUAAAGCUUUGUAAAUAAA